UGGAGCGAAUUCGAACUAGUAGAAUAUCUAUUGAGCGCGUGAUCUGUGACCUCAAUAUACAUUGUAUAUCACAUAAGUGUAUAAGGUAUAUGAUUUAAGGAGGUCCAAUCAGUUAUGACGUUAUAACCGGCUGAGCCGCUCAACAUUCCAUGCUCCGAUGACUUUAUGUGGAAUCGAUUGAGAGGAAUCUCCAGGCAUUGCACGCUGUGUUUACCUGUCCGCGUGAGAGAGGUGUGCGGAACUCGCUGCCUCCUGUAGUACUUGGAUACAUUGUAACAUAUCGAUACCUGUUUCCAUUUAGACACAUUACGUUGGCCCUACCAGUGACACAUUGGAUAUUUAAUCCGUCACUGUACGCAGAUUCGAGGAUACUACCGUGUGUUUUUGACACUACAAUAUAUAAGAAUGGCAGGAUUUUUAAUCCUGGUGACUUGUCUAUUUUUGACGAUGUUUUUUCUCCCUGGAAAUGCCCAUGUGUCCCUGACUUUUCCACCUGCUAGGAAAUAUGCCCUGGACUUUCUGGAUAAUCUCCGUACACCAGGGCCCUGUGGAAUGCCGAAAGGUUUGGGUGCCCUCACAACUUUCAAGGCAGGGACGAAAAUUAACGUCACAUGGCACUUGGGCUAUCCUCACCAGGGAGGAUACCACCUAGCUGUACUGGAUCACAAUGACAAUGUCGUGCACGAUUUUUUCCAAGGGUUUAUUGGCCAAAAUGACCCCACGACAUUACAACAUGAGGUUACCAUUCCCGACAUAGCGUGCAAUAACUGUUCACUACAAUUGACCAGAGUGGCUGGAGAAUGGAGAUUAGCCACAUGUGACUACAUUUUCUGGUCAUGCGCAGACAUCAACAUUCUGUCAAGUUCAUCUGUGGAGCCGUUUGAAAAGUGCAAUGGACAACCUGUUAUCAACAACCCCGGCGGUGGUUACACAUGUCAAUGUGUCAGACGUUACCAUGGAAACCAUUGUCAAUUUAUGAACGAUUGUGAAACCAACACUGACUGCAGUAGCCAUGGUCUUUGCGCCUUCAUGGAAGCUACGUCCUACCCCAAACGGCAGUGUUACUGCGAUCCCGGCUGGUACGGACAGUUCUGCGAACACGAGUCGGUACUCCGGACAACGAUGGUUGACAAGUCAAUGUUUGUUCACACCAACUUUUCGGCGCAGUUUCAGAUGUAUCACAGAGUUUUGGAGACAGAACAAGAGUUGGAAGUCCUGCUUGAGGUCCAGACGGAUUCCUGGGUUGGGCUUGGACUGCGUCCUAAUGGUUACAGAAGCGGCUGCCAGCAUUUUCCAAUUCGAUAUACUGGUAGUUCUGGAUCAAGUACAGGUGAACCUGAACCCGAGGGAACAUCUGAACCUGAACCCGAGGGAACAUCUGAACCAGAGCCGGAGGGAACAUCUGAACCAGAGCCGGAGGGAACAUCUGAACCUGAACCUGAGGCAACAUCUGAACCAGAGCCGGAGGGAACAUCUGAACCUGAACCUGAGGCAACAUCUGAACCUGAACCUGAGGCAACAUCUGAACCUGAACCUGAGACAACAUCUGAACCAGAGCCCGAGGGCCUACAGAUUUGUACAACAGUUUUGAGACUCGGAAACCAUGUGUUGAAAUGGGAAGUAACGGCAGGAUCAGAUUACAUCAAGUUCACCCACGAAUCAAGAAUAGAUAGCAACCGAUGGAUGGCAAUCGGAUUCUCUUCUAAUAAAUCAAUGCUUAACGCCGAUAUAUAUACCAGUUACAAAGAUGGCAAUGGAAACGUCUAUUUACUAGACAGUAAUACAAUGGGUGUUUCUGUACGGAGCAUGCCGGAAGUAGACCCCGUCUCCAACGUUAUGAACAUCACUGGUGUGCGAAAUGGUGACAUCUCAUCAGUGACUUUCUUCAGAAAGAGAGAAACAGCUGAUAACAAUGAUUUCCAAUUCCCUGUAACACCAGAGAAGCAGUUCUAUGUAUUGUUUGCUGAUGGUCCUAAUUUCCAAGACAUAAAUGGACUGAAGUUGUACGAAUACCAUGGUUCCUCGAAGGCAAUCACACCUAUCAAAUAUUCCAUCCAAAAGUGUGAAACAUCGACACCGGAACCUGAAGUAACACCCUCGCCUGAGCCUGUAACGUCGUUACCGUCUGUUUAUGCUUGUGGUGAUUCCGUGGAGUCAUUAGAUGGAAAACAUACAUUGGAAUGGUUUGUCAUGCCAGGCACAAACUACAUUAAGUUCACCCAUACGUUUAACUUUAAAGAUGUGACAAAUCGUAAUGGAUUAUGGGCAGCGUUUGGGAUUUCUUAUGAUGAAUCUAUGCUGGAAUCCGAUAUGUACAUUAGCUCCAUCAACAGUUUUGGAACCUUAUCUUUCCUGGAUAGCAACACCAUUGGUAUGAGUUACAAAACGAAACCAUAUUAUGAUGCUAACCAAAAUGCCAUGGAUAUUAGUGGCUCAAUAAACAAUACCAUACAAACAGUUUCCUUCCGAAGAUUGAGAGAUACACUGGAUAGCAAGGAUAUACCAAUAUUGGAAACAACAUCAUUCUAUGUAAUGUUUGCAUAUGGACCAAACUUUGUUAUGAACGAAAAUGGACAAGCGAGUUUCGCAUUUCAUACUGCCAGGGAAGCUUACUCUCAACCACAGACGAUACCUAGAUGUGUUGCACCUGCGACAGCAACUCCUCGGCCUGAACCAGAAAGUACUCCUCGACCGGAACCGGAAAGUACUCCUGAACCUGAAGGUACUCCUCGGCCUGAACCAGAAAGUUCUCCUGAACCUCCACAUCCGGAGCCACACAUAUGCAGAGGGCAGUGGAACUGUGAUGUCUGUCGUCAAAACAUAUCGUGGGAAUUCAACGUUGACACUGAUGAAAUUACUUUCACAAUGAGUGCGGAUAUUCAAACCGGCUAUUAUUUUGCUGCUGGAAUCUCUUCGAAUCAAAUGAUGGCCAACAGCGAUAUAUUCCUGGUUGAAACUGACAAAAUGGGAGUUUCAGACAGGUGGGCAAGCAGCCGGACACAACCUCUAGCUGACAUGGAACAAGAUGACAUAAGAAUAUUGGAUUGGUCGCGUGAUGGCAGUAGGACAUCCAUUCGCUUUGUAAGGGCGAGAACUACAAACGAUCCCAAUACGGAUUGGCAGUUCACAGAUACUUCGGCGUUCUAUAUCUUAUUUGCCCGAGGAGUGUUCACCCCUCCACAUACAGCAUCUUAUCACACGGAGCGUUACUUUUCUGAUUCUACCUUCAGAAUAGACACCUGUGCAAAUCCAGAACCAGAACCAGAAGGGGAACCGACAGGCGAACCAGAAGGAGAACCGACUGGGGAGCCGGAGGGGGAGCCAACUGGGGAACCAGAAGGGGAACCGACUGGGGAACCAGAAGGAGAACCAACUGGGGAGCCGGAGGGGGAGCCAGAGGGGGAGCCAGGAUCAUGUAGUGGUUCAUCAGGACCAAGCGGCACUUCUGACACGACAGGAAGUAAUGUACACCAUAUGGACUGUACCGACAUGGUCAUUGGUUCGGCUAAAGGAAUUAGAAGUCGUAUCGGCGAUUAUUACUCUCGAGAUCGCUCCACUCCUCAACGGGACUCUUUCUAUGGAGGUUCCGAAAGCCUAACAGCUGCCGUCGGAAAUGAGGAUUCUGGCAUCACAAGGAUCUUAUAUAGGAGAAAGAUAACAGCCACUGAGAGGACGGAUUACCAAAUCAUGAAUGACUUCAUGCAUGUUAUUUGGGCGUAUGGACAAGAUAAUUCUGGUUAUAACCAUAGACCUAAUUCUGGUCUGGAAGCCGUGUCAACAGCAUCUGAUAAACUUUUCUACAAAGUUGAUGAAUUGAAAUACCAUGGUAACCUAAAACGAGGAGUCAGCAGGGUUAACUUUUUGAGAAAACCUGUCACAAACGCAAGCCAAUCAGACAGCUGCGUGUGGGAGAACGGCGAACACGUAGUAACGUGGAAGUACAUGCCGGAUGAGUCUGCCAUCAGAUUCAGUAUGACCGCCAGAGUUGCUGCCAAUCAGUACAUAGCUCUGGGUCUGUCCGUUGACAACCAAAUGCCUAACACGGAUGUGAUGGCAGGCUGGGUUGUUGACGGUGUAGCAGUGAUGACGGACAGGUGGGCCGCAGGUAGAUCCAUGCCGGCAGAGGAUACUAAUUCUAUUACUGACGUCAGUGGAUCGCGGGUAAAUGGCGUCACAGUCCUUAACUUCACCAGGCCGCUUACUACACCUGAGACAAACCAGGACAUACAACUAACGCCAGAUUCGUGCGUUAACUUUUUCUUUGCACUUGGAGGAACAUUUGACCCUGUCACAAAUAGAAUUGGUAUUCACGAUAUCACACCAAUUAGACAGCGUCUUUGUAUCCAGUGUGGAGGGAGCUCUUCACUAACAACACCUGCACCCACAACUGCGGGGACGAAACGUAAAGUCACUAUGCAGUUUAGGCUUCAGGAUGUGGUAUGGAAUGAUGCACUAUUGGACAAAGAUUCUAAUACUUUUAGAACACUCCAGUCUCGUGUUGAAGCCUCUUUAAUUCCCAUUUUAUCAAGACUAGAUGGAUAUGUGGUUUUCUCCGUAACAGGGUUUUCACGAGGAAGCGUGAUUGUAGACUCGGAAGUAGAGGUCGUCGGAUCAGCCCAAGCGGUCACAACAGCUGUCAAUACGACCAUGUAUCAAGAGGCAAGAUCAGGCAGUUAUGGAGAAUUUACAGUGGAUGCAUCAUCUUUGACUAUUAGCCAGGCAGAAGAAGUUGUUCCGACAACCAUGAAGCCCGUUGAAACCGAGACUCCAGAAGAUCUGCCUCUACCACUUAUCAUCAUUCUGGCGUUUGUUGGGGCCGCAGUUCUCCUUAUUCUUCUUCUGGGCAUGUGCAACUGUGUCCGCAACCACAACAAGAAGCAUCAAAUGAAGGAGGAGCACAAGUACUUACCGGAACAUUUGAACGGCAAUGGUGGCAGCAACGUCAGUAGUCAGGUGACCAGAUCAGAUUACAAAGGAUCCGUUAACGGGAAUGAAAGCAGGUAUCACCGGUGGGUUAAAAGUACAGGCGGACCAACCGUCAACCCUGCCUUCGACAGUCGUACCUAUGACAACCGCCAUGCACAAUCCACUUAUGCACCUCAACUCGUGUAUCAAAAGCCGGUUACUCAGAGCCAGGUUCGACGAAUGCCAGCAAGCAACCCUAACCAACAGCAGCAGCAGCGUGUAAAUGAUGGUCCAAAACCGCAGCCGGAAUUCCGGAUCGAGACUUACGUCACCGAGUAGCAUGUUUUUGUUUUGUUUUGUCCUCGAAGAUUCAUCUUUCCUUUUUGUUUUGAACCGUUCUUUGAUUCCGAUGAGUAUAUUUGUUCCUGUAACCUAAAAAUUAGCUAAUAAUGAAGAUUUGAAAAAAAAAAAAGAAGUUUAGUUUCGAGUUUAUAAUGGUCUCCACAUACGAUGUUUUUUGUGUAGCAUAAAACAAACUUCAGGACGAAAAGAAUUAUAUGUUACCCGUUAACAAUGUUCAUAUUUUUUAGUUUUAAAAUUCUAUAGUUUUAAUAUUGUUAGGUUAUAAAAAGUUGGGCAAUGUUAGCGAUGUCAGAUUAGUAAUAUUUAUCCAAAAUGUGUCUGAAAUAUCCUGAAUUUUCCGAAAACUGAUUGUUUCGCUUGCUUAGCGUACAUAUCUUUCUGUUUUUUAUUGUUUGUUUUUCAUUUUAAGUGUUGUCUUUGAUGUUUCGAACAUGUAUUUUUACAGUUUACAUUUAAUCAUUGAUACUAAGUACAGAUUUAUCGAAAGGGGAGAACAUCUUUCCCUUACGAAUUAAUCCAACAAGAUGGUGGCGGAUGUGUUAAUUAUAAACACUAAAAUGAAAAUUAAACUUCUGUAAAGUAAGUUUUUGCUAUUGUUUAGAAACAUAUCAAUCGGAUUUUCUUUUUACGUAGUGGAACAAUAGUAUAUUUAAUCAUAUCUAUUAUAUUGUACCCUGACGUACAAACCUCAGGUUGCAGUCAUGACACAAAAGUACUAGAAUAUUUUUAUGUUUUGUGUGUGUUUGGUCUCCAUAGAAUAGAAAGUUUACUCGUAUGUUUAAUACUGAAGUUUUUUCCAAAAAAGAGGGAAUGUUGUUGAGAUGACAUACUUAAACAAAUGUAAAAUGUUUAAAAAGCGAACAAAGUAUUAUUGGCGGUAUAGAAGGAUAUUCUGAUCCAGAAAAGCCUCUUAACUAUUCGCAAACACAAAGUUGAUUUGUUCCUAUCGUUUUAAUUAUUAUCAUUUAUUUUUAUUAUUUUUUUUUCUCAAUGAAAAAUAAAUAUUUAUGAGUUUUUCUUUCUCUUUAUAUUAUAUUCGGAUCUAAUCACAAUGCAUAUAUCUUGAGAAACGAAAUACAAACACUUUUGUUUUUUUUAAUAAGUGAAUUAAGUUUAUUUAAAUAUGGAUUCCGUUAUGGAUACAGUAUAUGCCGGGUACUGAAUCCAAAACUACAUCAUAUCACUCGUCAGUGGUGCUAGAAGGCAAUUAGGAAUUAAAAGCCUGCAAGAACAAAUAAUUAGAUUUAUAACGAAGAGUUAACGAGCUCCAGGAUUCAGCCAAUCCUGUUAAUUCUGGAUGCUGGGUUUUACUUCUGUAAAAUUACAGAGACAUUCCCUGUAACAGGAAGUAACUGUAUGAAGCAGGCGUACUGUAAGAAUAGUUCAUAUCCAUCAAUGUUCACAAAUUUCAGAUUUAGACAGUAUAUCAGUGUGUUACAUAUCAUUUGUCCAUGAUACUCGCAUCGUCCUCGGUUGAUUUUUGUUCAGGUUAAUUAAACAAUGUAUCCACCUUAUCAAAAAGCUAUAAUUGUAUGAUAUGCAUAAUAUGCCCAUUUAUCUUGGAAAUAAAGGCUUUCAAGCAUAAUAACAAAUAUUUGAUUGUCCUUAAGAACAUCAAAAAAGAAAUUUGAUUAGGUACUGGAUAUAUGGACUGACUUCAGCACUUGUCAUGAUUUUUGUUGAUACAAUAUACAUGUAGUUCAUAACUGGACAUCGGACAAAUGCAAUGCAGAUAUGUAUUUUCAUGAAUAUAUAUUUUUUUAAAUUUUGUAUAGCCAUUAUACAGAUAUUGUAUUUGUUUUGUUUAAUACUUUUUGUUAUGUUAUAUGGAUAGAGUUUGAUAUUGAAAUGUACAUGCAUAUAUAUUAUUACAUCAAAGUUGUUACUAAUUACGCUAAAUACAAUAUAUUUUUAUACCGUUAGAACUUUUUUCACCUGAAGUCAAGCAUACCAUAUCUUCUGGUAUGGAGCCGAAUGUAUCCUGAAUCAGGCAUUUACUUAAUCGACGGCUGGGUGUCGAAUUUUCUUUUCUUUGUAGUGUCCGAACAACGUUUCUCUCUUGGAGUUGCUUCCCCUCUUGCAAAACAAAACGUGAAAUAUAUUCACUGAAAAACGAUGUAUUUUCAUUCAAUCAUUUAGAACAUUAUGUUUAUAAACCAGCCAUGGGGGAUUCAUUAGGCUUCCGAGAAAGGAUCACAGCUUAUAAAUCUAUAGAACAUUAAUUUAAAAGACAAAAGGAUUGAAAGGCCUGUAAACAGUCGAAAAGUGUUGAGACACUCCGAGUACUUCAAAUAUGUACCGAAAUCAAUUAUGUGUCUAUAUGAUCUAUAUGAAUCUCAGUGUCAAUACAAAAUACUCUUUAUCCGUUCUGAUAAAUCUGAUAAUAUAUUCAGCUAGAAAUUAGUCUUUAAAGGGGCAAUCCUUCUUUUGAAUAAAGGUUAUGUCGUCAAAAUGGAACUUAAUGGAAAAUAUGUAUUUUCCCAAGUAGUAAGAGCUAAUAUCUUCACAUUGAUACGGCAGUUUUACUCGUAAGGUAAGCCGAAGUUCUUCAAGUAUCAAAUCCUAAAAUUCUUAAUUCGUCCCGAAGUAUCACUAAUUACCGCAAAGACAGACGUUAUUUGUGUGCGUUUCAUCAUUUUUCUGUAUAUUUCGGAGUUACUUUCAAUACUAGUAGACACGAACACUCAUAUAAUCCUCGGACAUAGAUUUCAUCAAUACAAAUAUUAUGCACCUUUCUGUUGUCCAAGCGAAUUAAUGCCCCUUUAAGUUAAUUGUGACAUAAAGUCUGCUCUCACUUAUGCACUAUUGACCAUUGCAGCGUGUACAUUUACUGAGCUAUGUGUAGGUGGGUCAAACGACAUUUUACAAAGUUCAUGCAGGCUAUGAACGCAAGUUGUAUGUACAUGAAUCACCUUAUAUUGCCAUUUCAUGUCUCUGUAUAACAAUUUCAGUUUAAGUGGCAGUCAGGCUCUGUGUAAUGAAUUCUUUACGUAGACGUAUUGUUAUCUUCCUGUUGUCGGGUCUCAUAUUUCGCGAAACAUGAGAAAUGUCACAGCAACACUUCUUCUAUUUAUAGAAACGCAUUACCCAUUGAAUGACAUUUAUUCUGAAAGAAAUUUCACUGAAACUUGUUGUGUUGAUGACAGUCAAUAAUUAUAUAUAUAUAUUAUAAGAAUUGAAACAAUAUUUGAGAAUCAUUAUUAAAAAUAUACAUCAAACGUUCUACUAUUUAUUUAAAAUUUAUGAACGAAUCCACUUUAAAAGUAUAUCUCAACAUAUUGACUUGGACCAAAAUAUCUGGAAUAUCUUGGUUGGGUAUUUGAUAUAAUUUAUUUUCUGAUUGUGAUUUUAGCUACCUGCACCGACUUGCAUAAUAAAUCUCAAUACUAAAUAAAGUCUCGUAUGAAAUAAGUACAUCUGUAUAUCAAUUUUCAGGUUUGACGAUGAGUUACAUAAGUUGCGGGCUUAUUAAGAAACAGAAGAUAAGAAUUUUAAAAAAGACAUGAAACUAUCAGGCUUGUCGAAAAUAAAAGGUUGAGAUUUUGUUUGCAAGUGGGAUCCGGUAGAGUCCGGUAGAGUCCGGUAAGAUCCGGAAAGUUCCGGUAAAGUCCGGUUUAUCCAUAUGUCUUUUCUGUACUCAACUCACAAAUCACUUACAGUUUUUGCAAAGAGGAAUAAAAUAUGCCAAGUUAU